AUGGCGCUCAGAUUACCUUCCAUAGUCGAUACAGACUUGAACUCACUCUACGCACCAGAUGAAAGUCCUGUUGUAUUUCAAAAUGCUGAUGAGUUGCCACUUGAUACUUUGGUGAAUCAUAUUUUACCUGUGCCAGAGGAUAUUGGUGGAAGAGCUGUCAAGGUUCCCGGCACUGCAAAACCAGGAUACUCAGAGUUUUAUAGAAAUGGCGCUUUCCCAAAUGGAGUGAAGCUGUAUUUGUUACCAGAGUUGAACACUUACCAUGCUAUUUUCGAGGCAACUGUCAAAGGACAUCCAAACAGACCUUGCUUGGCUCACCAUGAAUACGAUUAUGAAAAUGAGGAGCAUAAAGAGAGAUAUGUUUACCUGACAUACCAAGAGGUCAAUGAACUUAAACACAAUUUUGCCAGUGGAUUAUUAUUUUUGCUUGAGAACAACCCAUACAAGAACCUCGAUUUAGAAUCUCAUCAAAAAAUUAUCAACCACGCGAAAGACUACAAGCUGUAUGAUAAAGAUAACCUUUCUUUUAUUGUGACAUUUUAUUCUGGGAACAGACCGGAGUGGAUAAUCUCAGAUUUGGCAUGUUCUUCCAAUUCCUUAGCAUCAACAGCAUUGUAUGACACUUUGGGUCCAGCAUCGUCCAAAUACAUAUUACACACUACUGAAUCCCCGGUAGUCAUUUGUUCCAAAAACAAAAUUGAGAGUUUGAUCAAAAUGAAAGCUUCAAACCCAAAAGACCUCGAAUCUUUGAUCACUCUUGUGUCAAUGGAUCCUUUGAAACCCAGGGACAAGAAAUUAGAUGCAGCAUUAGUUAAAUUAGCUGAUAAAAACAACAUCAAAUUGUAUGAUUUCAAUCAGGUGGUCAAGAUUGGUGAAAUUUUCCCUCGAGCUGAAACCAUCCCCACUCCGGAAACGACAUUCACCCUUACUUUUACCUCUGGUACUACCGGAGCCAACCCAAAGGGUGUUGUAUUGCUGCAGAAGGCAGCUGCUGGAGCAAUUCUGGGCUAUUCGAUAUUAUUGCCUCAUCAUAAAGAUACCAAAGAUUUUGCGUUUUUACCGUUGGCUCAUAUAUUUGAAAGACAUAUGUCAUCAUCAAUGUUUCUUUGCGGAGGUUGUUUAGGAUUCCCCAGGUUAGGGGGUACCCCGCAGACAUUGUUUGAAGAUUUGAAGCUAUACAAACCCACAUUUUUUGCCUGUGUUCCUCGUAUCUUUUCCAAGAUUGAAACAAUCAUCAAAGCAUCGACAAUUGAUUCAUCAUCAAAGAUUAAUAGAGCCUUGUAUACACAAGCUAUCGAAACAAAACGCUCCAAGCAAGAGACUGGAGGUAAAGGGGAGCAUUUCAUUUAUGAUCAAACAUUGAUCAGGAACUUGCGCUCUAAGUUUGGAUUUGAUAAUAUGGAGACAUGCUAUAUUGGUGGUGCUCCUAGUGCUGCUGAAAGUAUCGGUUUUUUGAAGGCAAGUUUAGGUAUUGGUAUCAGUCAAGGAUAUGGUCUGAGUGAAUCAUUUGCUGGUAUCUUUAUGUCAUUACCAUUCCACACUCCUAGCAUGGGAACAUGUGGCUCAGUCACUCCAAUGAUUGAAGCCAGGUUAAGAGAAUUGCCUGAAAUGGGCUACCAUUUGAGUGAUAAAGGUGGACCCAGGGGAGAGUUGCAGUUGCGCGGAUCUCAAAUGUUUAGUCACUACUACAAGAAUCCAGAAGAGACAAAGAAGAGUAUCGAUGAAGAUGGGUGGUUCUCUACUGGAGAUGUGGCUCAGAUUACGAACGAGGGAUGGUUUGUUAUUAUCGACAGGGUAAAGAAUUUUUUCAAAUUAGCUCAAGGGGAAUACGUUACCCCGGAAAAGGUUGAAAACUUGUACCUCACGACUAAUUCCAUAUUGACACAAGUAUAUGCACAUGGGGACUUUACUCAAUCCUAUUUGGUAGGAAUCAUUGGUGUGGAUCCAGUGAAUAUUGUUAACUUUUUAACUGAAAAGUGUAAUAUCCCAGCAAAUGAGUUGGAUACCGAAGAAAAAAUUCUUCAAGUUUGCAAUAAGCGCCUGAUUAGAACUCAAAUUUUACUACAAUUAAACACAAACAUUGGGUCUGUGCUUAAUGGAUUUGAAAAGUUGGCCAAUAUUUACAUUGAGUUUGAGCCUUUGAAAUUGGAGAGGGAUGUUAUUACUCCAACAUCCAAAUUAAGAAGACCAAUUGCGUCAAAAUUCUUUAGACCUCAGAUUGAUGCUAUGUACAAAGAAGGUUCAAUCUUGAAAGACUUGAAAUUGUGA